GACACAUGAGAGUGAGAAAGUGACAACUCGAUCAUGGAGACUCGCUGCAUUUCAGGCUGGUUUCUCCUCUGUCUACUUUCAGUCAGUGAAUGCAGUCAAGUCAUUGGUAUUGAGGGUCAGAAUAUCACUCUGCCAUUUAAAUAUGAUGCCAAAUCUCAUGGUCUCCAACACAUUUGCUGGGGGAAAGGAACCAUACCGAGCUCUGGUGGUUGUGACAAUGAAAUAAUCUCAACUGAUGGAUCUGAAGUGACACGUAGAUCGUCAGUUAGGUAUCAGUUAUUGGGUGAUUUGAAGACGGGGGAUGUCACUCUAACCAUCUCCAACACUACAGAGAUAGACUCUGGAACAUAUGGAUGUCGAGUGCAGUACGUUGGAUGGUUCAAUGAUGAGAAAUAUCACGUCACCUUGACCAUUGAGAAAGCACCUGUCCCGACAACAUCGCAGACAUCUGCCAAUGUGACCAUAACCCCACAGACCACGGACARCCACAACCACGGUCCUAUGACCUCAAUAUCUACUGAGUAUUCAUCCACGGUAUAUUACAGCGAAUCAAAAUCAGAGACGAGAGGCAACGACCUGGCUGUGAUCCUGGUGUCCAUUCUACUUGUUCUGACAGGCGUGGGGAUUGUGUCUGUACUCGUCAUGAGAAAGCGAUGGGAAAGAUUUGCUACGGUUCUCCAAAUACCACAGCGUUCUGGCGGCUCAGUCCUGUACAGGAACUCAGUGUCCAGCUUGGGCCUGCACACUCGAGAGACUGUAGAGAACGUCUAUCAGAUAGAGGACAACGAGAGAGACGACUAUGAGGAUAUCCAAUGACGAAGCACGGACACUUCACCACCACGCUCAUGCUGUUAACACUCUGUAACACUCUGUAGCUCUGUGUUACAAGGCUGUGGUUGACUUAUAGGCUAAUGAUUCAGCCACACAAGACAAAAGUUACUACAGAAUCAGUAGUGUUUUGCUGAUAAGUGAAGCAAAACAGUUGAUUUGUGUUAUUGAAAGGUUUAUUUGAAAAAAAAGGGCCUUACUAAUAUGGCUUCCUAUGUGUAUUCAGCACUAACACUAGAAGCACAAGCAUUUCGCUACACUUGCAAUAACAUCUGCUAACCAUGUGCAUGUGACCAAUUUCAUUGGAUUUGAUAACAGUGUAUGUUUCAAUUGAUUAUGAUGACCAGAUCAUUUUUUAAUGUAAUGGGCUAAAAGCGACCAAAAUAAAAAUGCCAUCAGCUUUAUUAAUGCCUGAUGCAAUGAAAAGCAGUGACUUAGCAGAAAGUGUGCUAUGGUUGUCUAUCCCCUCCAUGUCCUCUAACCAGGYCAUUUAGCUACACCCAUCUGCAACAUCACCCAGGCAUACAAAGGCAGUGAAAAGUCACACAUGAUCGCGACAUUCUUCGGAAAAUGGUCUUCUUUACCCAAUUUUGCGGUAUAUUGUCUUGUUCAAACCCAACCUGUUGGAUGAUAAUAAAAAUUCUAACUUGAAAUUCUAA